AUGGAGGAAGAUGAUGAACCAAUGGCACCGAAUCCGAAGAAAAUAGAUGAGAGUAAUAAGGAGUUAAAGGAACUUGAGUCUGUGCAUGUAAAGCAUAAGAAGAGACAAGAGAUGCUCAGAAACAGAGAGCUCUCUGAUAAAGGAAGAAAAAGCUGCAGCAACCACCUCUAUGAAAGCAUGAAGCAACGAAGCUCGGAAAGUGGAAAAGAAGUAAAGCUUGGUUGUGAAGAACAGAAGAAGCAUCGUAAGAAGAAGACGAUGUCGAUGUCGGAGAAGAGACAUCAUGACGAGAAGGACCCUAGGCGAAGCUUAGAGGUCGCCGGUUCGAGUGACGGUUGGAACAAAACUAAUAUUACAUGCUGUGGUUUCGGGUCUGGAGUGAUUACGGGAUUCGGCCUAGAACCUCCUGAUGGAUUAAGGGCCCAAAUGAAGAAUGUGUUUCUUGUGGCCUGCAAGCAGCCAGACAAAAGGUUGCUGAGCUCAAAUCAGCUUAUUAGGCAACGCGCAUUGCAUAUGGUGGGAACAGAGAAAUUCGAAGAGUUAGUUGUGACUCUGGAUGGUGCUCUCUUUGAAAAAUAUGGUACCAUGAGUGGAGACAGUAUCGAGCUCUCCAACAUUGUUGACAUGUUAAGCAAUAUCCGUGAAAAGAUUCCCAAUGCUGUGAGACAGUAUCGAGCUGCAGAGAACAAAGUCUCUCACCUAGAGAUGGGAUUGGCGAAAGCCAAAGAGAGGUAUUGGUUAUGAUGUGGUUCUACUUUUGUUUUUGACUAAUC